AUGAAUGAUUUGGCCACAUUUGUUGCCGGAGAGUUCUUUUCAAGGGAUGACAAUCGGAUGGCGACGGAAGAUUUAGCAAAGUACCGCCACAUGUCAUUUAUUCGUGAUGAAUAUGUAGCUUACCACAAGUUUGAGGCCUUCAAGAGAGCUAAAGGUUUGAGAACAUUGUUACCGGUAUAUGUUGGGGUGGAUCAAUGGUGGGACAAGUUCUACUUAUCCAGCAAGAUUUUGGUUGACUUACUUCCUGAGUUACCGUUAUUAAGGGUUCUUAGUUUGAGUCGUUUUAGUAUAAGUGAGGUACCGAAUUCCAUUGGUAGUUUGAAGCACCUAAGGUAUCUUAAUCUAUCUAAAACUGAUAUCAAAGAGUUGCCGGACAAUGUUGGUAAUCUUUAUAAUUUAGAAACGUUGAUAGUUUUUGGAUGUGAGAGUUUGACCAAGUUGCCUAAAAGCUUUUUAAAGCUAAAAAAGUUGAGGCAUUUUGACAUGAGAGAUACUCCAUGUCUGAAAAAGUUGCCCUUGGGGAUUGGUGAGUUGAAAAGCCUACAAACUCUCACUAAAAUUAUCAUUGAAGGACACGGUGGCUUUGCACUAACCAAGCUUAAGGUAUUAAAGGAUCUCCAUGGGGAAAUUUCCAUAGAGGGGUUGGACAAAGUACAAAGCUCAAUGCAUGUACGAGAGGCAAACUUAUCUUUAAAAAGGAUUGAUAAGUUAGAGUUGAAAUGGGAUGAUGUUUCAGGAAGGGAAACACUUGAGAAGGAGAUUCUCAAUGAGUUAAAGCCCCAUAGUGAUAAGUUGAAAAUGCUUGAGGUUAUGUAUUAUAAGGGAAUAGAGUUUCCGAAUUGGGUUGGGGAUCCGUCUUAUCAUCGACUGGUUCAAUUGUCGCUACGCGGUUGUAAAAAAUGUACAUCUCUACCGCCACUUGGGCAGUUACCUUCACUUAAGCAGUUGUUGAUUCAAGGAAUGGAUGAUGUUAAAGUCAUCAGUUUGGAGUUAAGUAGGAGUACUGAUGUUACCUUCCCUUCACUUGAAAUUCUAAGGUUUGAAGAUAUGUCGAGUUGGGAGGUAUGGUCAACCAAUAGCGAGGCAACGUUUCCAUGCCUUCGAGAGCUUCAAAUAAAAAAUUGUCCCAAUUUGAUUGAUGUCUUACUUGAAGCAUUACCUUCACUAAGAGUUUUAAGAAUAUAUAAAUGUUGUGAAAGUGUGCUGAGAAGUCUGGUUCAAGCAGCUUCAUCAACCACUAAAUUGAAAAUAAGAUCAAUUUUUGGGCUUACGGAUGAGGUGUGGAGAGGUGUUAUAGAGAAUUUAGGGGCUGUAGAAGAACUAAGCAUACAGGAUUGUGAUGAAAUAAGAUACCUGUGGGAAUCAAAUACAGAGGCAAAUAAAGUUCUUGUAAAUUUAAAGGAAUUGAAGGUAUGGGAAUGUAAAAAUUUGGUGAGUUUAGGAGAGAAAGAGGAGGAUGAGGAUAACACUGGGAGCGACCUCCUAUCAUCUCUUAGGAUAUUGGAAGUACGUCGUUGUGAAAGUAUGGAGCGUUUGUGUUGUCCAAAUAGCAUUGAGAGGUUAGACAUCAGAGGGUGUAGUUCAGUUAGAGAUGUCUCCUUCCCAAGAGCAACAACAACAGGUGGAGGAGGGCAGAAUCUCAAGUCACUUACUAUAUGUAGUUGUGGAAAUCUAAAAUCAAUAAAUCAAUUGAGUAACUCCACUCACCUCACCUCUUUGUCAAUAAGUUAUUGUGAAAACAUGGAGUUAUUUUCUGAUCUUCAUCAGCUAUCAAAUCUCACCGAGUUGAGCAUACAAGGUUGUAAAAGCAUACAGUCAUUUUCUGACCUUGAGCUAUCAAAGCUCACCAGGUUGACAAUAGCAGGUUGUAAAGGCAUAGAGUCAUUUCCUAACCUCCAUCUGCCAAAUCUCACUGAUUUGAAUAUUAGAAGUUGCAAAAACAUGAAGGCAUUUGGUGACCUGCAGCUACCAAAUCUAAUCAGUUGGAGUAUAGAAGAUUGUGAAAAUCUGGAGUCAUUUCCUGACCUUCAGCUAUCCAAUCUCCCCAUGUUAAAAGUUGUGAAAAUCAGUGAGUGUCCAAUGAUUGAUGCUUCCUUUCCUCGUGGUCUUUGGCCUCCCAAUUUGUGUUUCCUUGUAACAGGGGGGCUGAAAAAGCCCAUCUCAGAAUGGGGCUAUCAGAAUUUCCCUGCUUCACUUGUUGACCUAAGAUUAUUUUAUGAACCUGAUGUGAGGAAUUUUAGUCAAUUGUCCCACCUUUUCCCUUCUUCUCUUACGACUUUGGUAAUAUUCCAAUUUCAUAAAUUGGAAUCACUAUCAACGGGACUCCAACACCUCACAUCCCUUCAACAUCUCAGGAUUACCAAUUGCCCAAAGUUGAACGAUCUACCAGAGACGCUGUUACCUUCACUUUUGAGUUUGAUAAUAUAUGGUGAAUGCCCAAAAUUGAAAGAAAGGUGUGAAGGAAGAGGCUCCCACUACUGGCCACUCAUCUCUCAUAUCCCCAAAAUCUAAAUAGAC